UCUCCUGGGAACAAAGAUUCCCCGACGCUAGGAGAAAUGGAACUGCGCUCCCGGGUUUGUCUCAGACCAGAACGCACAGCGCCUACAACCGAGGAGCGUGCGUAAAGGCGCGCCGGGUGCCAAAUCAGCUCCCGACGGAACACAGCGCCUUGCCGCGACCAUGCACCUGGCUCUAGGCAACCAGAGCGCGAGGGGAAGCGCCGGCAACCUGAGCAUAGGAGGUCCGCUGCUGCCUUCGGCUGAGGACAGCCUGGGUCGCAAGGGCCUGGCGGCGGCGGCCGUGUGCCUGGGGGUCAUCCUGCUCCUCGGCUGCCUUAGCAACUUCCUGGUGGUGCUGAUCUUCGCCAGGUUCCGGUCCCUCCGCACGCCCAUCAACUUGAUCCUGCUCAACAUCAGCCUCAGCGACCUCCUAGUUUGCGUCUUCGGGACCCCGCUCAGCUUCGCCGCCAGCCUGCGUGGUCGCUGGCUCUUGAGUGGCGCCGGCUGCCGGUGGUACGGCUUCGCGAACGCCUUCUUCGGUGUGGUCUCCCUGGUCUCACUCUCCAUCCUUUCCUAUGAACGUUAUGUGAUGGUCCUGCAAAGACACACCAAGGCGAAUGUGUCUAGCUUCCAGAAGUCCUGGCUUUGUAUAGCCAUAUCUUGGCUCUACUCCUUGAUUUGGACCUUGCCGCCUUUCUUUGGCUGGAGCAGCUAUGGCUUUGAAGGGCCUGGCAUUACCUGCUCCAUCACAUGGCACCUCAGGACUCCCAGCAAUAUCUCUUAUGUCAUAUGUCUCUUUGUCUUUUGCCUUCUCUUCCCUCUCCUGACCAUGAUGUAUUGCUAUGGGAGAAUCCUGCAAGCUAUCCGACUGAUUUCUAGGUUUCACCUGACAUCUUUUCAGAAAAGGGAACACCACAUUCUAUUUAUGGUUGUAGCCAUGGUUACCUGUUAUCUCCUUUGCUGGAUGCCAUACGGGAUAGUCUCUCUGAUUGCAACAUUUGGCAAGCCUGGAACGAUCACACCAGCAGUGAGCAUCAUCCCUUCUAUUUUGGCAAAAGUCAGCACAUGUGUUAACCCUAUCCUUUAUGUGCUCUUGAACAAACAGUUUUAUGAGUGUUUCACAAUCCUUGUGAAAUGUGGGCCUGCGCUUCAGCACAUGAAAACCUCUUUUGAGUUCAAAAGUGAGCCAAGAUUCUCAGACAGUCGGCAGGGUAGAAGAAACUCACUUGCUUCAAAUGCGGAACAAUAAACAAGAAGAGGCCACAUGCUCUACAAGGCAACCCAAAAUGCUUGUGGUUUGUUACUAGUUCUAGCUUUAUAUUCUUGUUUGCCAUUAUAAUUGUUUAAAAUUUCAUG